AGGCGCUGUGCACGAGCUGCCGUUCUACUCUGCGAGUCUUAGUUGGCUGUUCAGUAUUAGGUUGACUUCUGCAUGAAUUGUUGUUGGUUAAAUCGGAUUUCUGUUUUAUCUCUGUUGUGUAUCUACCUUAAGCAGGGUGCUCAAGCUCGGAUACUUUACCCUUUCAGAUAUAUCAUUAUUAUUUUAUUUUUUGCUGUUGGACGUGGCGACGGAGGUUCUGAAAAUGGUGCAGAUUAAGAAGAUCUGUUGCAUCGGUGCUGGGUAUGUUGGGGGACCCACAUGCAGUGUCAUUGCACAGAUGUGUCCUGAAAUAACUGUCACAGUUGUGGAUGUAAAUGAACAGAGGAUUAAAGCUUGGAAUUCAGAGAGUCUCCCUAUUUUUGAGCCUGGCCUGCAAGAGGUGGUGGAAUCAUGCCGAAAUGUAAACCUGUUCUUCUCAAUGGAUAUUGACCGUGCCAUUCAAGAAGCUGAUCUGGUUUUCAUUUCUGUGAAUACUCCAACUAAAACAUUUGGGAUUGGAAAAGGACGAGCAGCUGAUCUAAAGUAUAUUGAAGCAUGUGCAAGACGGAUAGCAGAUGUAUCAGAUGGAUGCAAGAUUGUAGUAGAGAAGAGCACUGUACCUGUUCGUGCAGCAGAAAGCAUUAGAAGGAUAUUUAAUGCAAACACAAAAGCCAGUCUUAACUUCCAGGUUUUGUCCAAUCCAGAAUUUUUAGCAGAAGGCACUGCUAUAUCGGAUCUGAAGAAUCCUGAUAGAGUUCUUAUUGGUGGUGAUGAGACUCCAGAAGGUCAAAAGGCAAUUGAAGCACUUCGCAGCAUCUAUGAGCACUGGGUUCCUAAAACAAAAAUCAUCACCACUAAUACCUGGUCAUCUGAGCUUUCCAAACUGGCUGCCAAUGCAUUUCUGGCCCAGAGAAUCAGUAGCAUUAACUCCAUCAGUGCGCUCUGUGAAGUAACAGGAGCAGAUGUGGAAGAGGUUGCACACGCCAUAGGCACUGACCAAAGAAUUGGGAGCAAUUUUCUCAAGGCAAGUGUAGGGUUUGGUGGUAGCUGUUUCCAAAAAGAUGUUCUUAACCUGGUUUACCUUUGUGAAGCCCUCAACCUGCCAGAAGUAGCCAGAUAUUGGCAACAGGUAAUAGAAAUUAAUGACUAUCAGCGUAGGCGAUUUUCCUCCCGCAUCAUCGGUUGCCUCUUCAAUACAGUGACAGAUAAGAAGAUUGCACUUCUUGGAUUUGCAUUUAAAAAAAACACUGGUGAUACAAGGGAGUCGUCCAGCAUAUACAUUAGUAAAUAUUUGAUGGAUGAAGGAGCACACCUUUACAUUUAUGAUCCAAAAGUAAAGCGAGAACAGAUCUUUCAAGAUCUGUCUCAUCCUGCCAUCUCAGAUGAUCCAGAAAGAGUUUCUCGACUGGUCACAGUCUCUAUGGACCCCUAUGAUGCUUGUGAAAAUGCACAUGCUAUUGUGAUCUGCACAGAAUGGGAUAUGUUUAAGGAACUGGACUAUGAACGGAUCUACAAAGCCAUGCUAAAACCAGCUUUUAUAUUUGACGGAAGGCGCAUUUUGGACAGUCUUUAUGAUCAGUUGCAGCACAUGGGCUUUCAGGUGGAGACUAUUGGCAAGAAAAUUAACCAGAGGAUUCAUUUCACGGCUAAUAGUGGUUCCCAGUCUCCUUCUUCUAAAAGAGUUAAAAUUUGAGGAGAAUUGACUAGUUUGUAGUGUUGUGUGGUUUUUUCUUUUUUAGGGGGUUAAAAAAUUUUAAAUCCAAAAAGUGACCUUGUUUAGCAAUACAGAUACUGUUUAUAUGAUUUCUGCCUUAAACAAAUGGCAGUGUCUGUCGUGAACUGUAAAGGUCACAAACCUAACAUGCGCUUGGACAUUUUACCAAUGGUUUUGAAGCAGAGUAUCACUCAAAUGAAGUGUGUAUAUAUACAUAUAUAUGUAUGUGUGUGUGUGAAGAAAAUACAUACACAUACACAGCUGUGCGCACACACACACGUAUGUGUGUAUGUAUGUAUGUGUUUAAGUGCCUUGUAGUAAAUGCAAAGAGCAGAUCCAUUCAGUAUGGGCCACAAGUCCUACCAGAACCUGUUAGAACAGUUUGAUAACAGCUUUCUUAAUUUAUUUCUUUUUUUUUUUUGGUGUACAGUGAAAGGGUCUUCCCUUAUUUUCUCACUCUGAGAUGAAAGAUGGUUACUGCCAUUCCAGUAUAUAAAGUUUGUUUGAUAACUUUUGACUGUUACAUGUAGUUCAGUUUUUAUUACUUUUUUUUUUUUUUUUUAAGUCUGAAAAUUCCUUGCACAUGUUUUGCAUUUUAUACCUGUAAAAAUGGAUUGUGAACUAACAAACGUAACAGCUAAUUUAUAAUGCCAAAAUCUUAUGGGUUCAACCAUGAGGGUUUUCUUUUAUUGUAAUUACCAUGUAAUUUUAGAAAAAUGCAAAUCUAACAGAAGUAACAGAAAACAGUACUUGGAUUUGACAUUUAUACAGUGUCUGCUUUUAAAGUUGUUGUCCUGUGCUUUUGAGCUGUUUAUUCAUUUGCUCAAUGGUCGGGACUAUCCACUCUUUUCUCUUCAUCAGUCUUACAUGUUAACAAUUUUUAUGGAUGAAACCUCAAGAUACUCCAUUUAACUACAAUGAGCAUAUGCGUUUUAUAAAAAUCUUCCUAAAUUAUAGCUUUUUUUUUUUUUUUAAACCAUUGAACUGAAGUUCCCUUCUAGUGACCUUUCCUGCUUUUCAUCCUUGUCCCCUUGUGGUAGUUUCUGCAGGUGCAGAAAUUGGAAUGAAGGAAAGUGGAGGUGGCAGUUGAGCUUCCACUGGUUCUGAAAUCUGAAUAUUCUUUUCCACCCCCCUUCCUUCUAGGACUCUGUCAUUUAUUUUAUUUUUUUUUCCCUUCAAUUCCGCUUUUUGAAUGCCUCAUGGUGACCUCGGUAGCUUGUGUUAGGCCCUCUCUGAACGCAUCUUUCAUGUUGCUGGGGUCACCGUAUGAGAGGUUGGUAACAAUGGGUGGCUACCAGUAUGUGGCUGUCUGUUUUCCAGAUUGUUUUUUUUUUUUAAACCCAACUCUGUUGAUCUAAACAAUGGAAGAACCUUUUCCAACCCUAUUUCAAUAUGCAAAAAUAUAAUUAAAUGGUUGCUUUUAUGGACCAAUUUAAACAGUCUUCUGAAAAUUUCUUGGCCUACACUUGUGCAUGUGGGCAUUUUUUCUUUUU